UAUUGCGCAAAACUGGAGAAGUCUGGGAAGGAAAUGAGCAGGAAACCAGUUUCUCACAAGUUGAUAGGUUGCCUGAUUUGAUGGUCCAUCCCGUUCCUUCAUGUUCUGCAGCACAGUCACCGUGCAGAGCUUCCACUUCGUUCAUGCCAUCCAGCCCACCGAGAUCAAAUAUGCAUGGUUCCACCUCACAAAAUAAUUUUUCAGGAGGCUCAGAGCUGAAUUUACUUACCACUCCUCCUGUGGUUAAGAGAGCUAAAGUUUUGGCCACAUCUGCUUCUGGUGUUCCUGGGUUUACUCCUCGGUCUGUUCUCAGAUCCAGCCUUCGCACCACUCCCCUAGCUACUCCCUCCGCGUCUCCGGGACGAUCGGUCACUCCUCCUUUACGAGCAAAGGAGCCUAGGAUAUCAUUCAGGGAGGAGAACUCGAAUGCAGCGUGGACUGUUGGGGUGACAGAAGAUGCUAAAGUGCUGUCUGGACCUUCGUCUGAGCAUCAUCAUCGUGGAGUGGUGGAGGAUGCUUGGUCGGAAAGUAGAGCUAAACCAACUCUGUUGACUCUGAGCAAUCCCGAGGAUGAUCGUGCUGAAACGGAAGAGUCUUCAGAAAGCAUACCUGGAGAUGGUUUGGAGAAAAUGGAUGUCAGCAAAGAAAAUAGUAACAUCUCUGCCAGAAGUGAAACAAACUACCAGGAGUCCAAAAUGUCCUCUUCGUCUGAAGAAAAAGCCAUAGCAGUUGCACCAAAUGCACAGCUUUCUGCAUCCCCGGAGACAGACGGUGAGUCUGUGAUAAGUAUCCUUGACAGUGAGGACAUGGUCAGUACUCAUUCAGAAAAUCGCCUCGAGGGGAAGUGUGUGGAUUUACCUGAAGAACAGAACCAGGAAGCAGCUGAAGUUGAAGAAAAUGUUCCUUUUCUGCAGGAAGAAAUAACUCUUUCUCUCAAUCUUCCUAAAACUGAGGAAACGACUGUGAUUGAAGACAGUGGGGUUAAGGCACAAAUCUCUGAAGAGGCACCGGAAACACCACCCUAUAGUGAACGACAUCCAUCAGGCAAUCUUCCAUACACCUGUGAUCCUAUAGAGCAGCAGUUUGCAUGUGAUUUGCCUGACGAUAAAGAUGGUGAAUGUGAUGCAGCUGAGGGAGAUGGAGAGCUUUUUAUAUCUCAGAGUAAUUUUACUUUAGUCUUGGAAGAAGAAGGUGGUGAAGGGGAGAUGGGAGACCCUACACUAGGAGAUGCUUCUAAGCCGGCUGGCGCAACAACAGAGGAGAAACCUGUGAACAGUUUAGGAAAUACUGAAAACCAAGAACAUGUUACAAACGCAGCGUCCACUGUAACUAAUGAUCAGGAAUCUCAAAAUAUUGUAGAGUCGCUUCCAUAUGUGCCUGAACCCAUUAAGGUGGCUAUUGCUGAGAACUUACUGGAUGUAAUCAAAGACACAAGAAGUAAAGAAUUCACGUCUGAAGUUGUAGAACAAUCUAUUCAUGAAACCAUAGGAAAAAAGGGAACUAGAUUCCAGAAGGCCAGAGCUCCUUUAACAACUGUGCCAGAAGGAGUGGAAGAUGAAACCAGCAUCCAUCAAGUGGAGUAUGUUAGCACUCCUAGAACACGCACAAGGGGACAACUGAGUAGAAGUUUAAGUAUUCCAUCUGCAGGUGCUCAGCAACUUCUGAAGGCAGAUAAACCGUUUCUGGUUGGACUGUCUCCUCGGAGAAGUACCAGGCGAGCCAAAGAAGCCCCUGAGACUUCUGGUCUUCAAACAGAAGAAAAUGCUCAAGGUGAGCAAACACCUGUGAUGCCUGUUACUCCUAGGAGAGGUAGGAAGCCUAAAGUGACUAACGUACAGAAAGUAGAAAGCAGCCAUUCUGACGGACAAACAUUGUCCGUCAGUACGCAGUCCAUAGCCGUUACUCCAAGAAGAGGAUUAAGGAGAGCAAAGGAAGCUAUGUCUGAAGUCUUGGAAGAAGAGGCUAUUGAGGAAACGUCUCUCUCUGAGGGUAGCAUUACUGCUUCUGCUGCUUCCAAGAGGACUAGAGGAGGAAAAAGUUCAGCAGGAGAUCAAGGACCUGGCCAGGCUGACCCUGAUCAUAAGGUAAAACCAGCCGUCAGUCCCAGCAGAAGGGCAGGAAAACUGAAGGGCAUUAAUUCACAAUUUACUGAAAGUAUUGUCAAGGACCAAGAGGCGCAGUCUAGUGACCAAGUCCUUUUACCUGUGCCAACUAAAAGAGGCAGAAGAAGAAAGAUGAGUUCAUCAGAAGUUUCAGAAAAUUCUGACCUUGAUCUGUCUAGAUCGUCACUUCCUCAAACAGAAUUUAAACUUCCUGUGACUCCUAGAAGAAGUGCUAGGAAGGGGGCCCAAAAUCUCUUGGCAGAGACACAAUCUCUCUCUACUCAGGAAGGCAUACAUUCAGGUGGGAAGGUGGAAAUCCUUGCUACUCCCAGGAGAAGUACCAGAAGAGUUCCACAUGCUAAGCCAGAAAAAACGGAUACUCAUGAGCAAACACCUGCACAGCCAAAGGAGGAAUUAACCCCACCCAGGACGGCAGUAAGGACAGGGCGUCGGGGCAGAAAGAGACGAGCAGUGUUGGAGGAGAGCACGGGGGAGGGGGCCUUCCCCCAGGGACCUGGUGGCAGUCCUUUGCUGCUUGAAGACUUAAAUCCAUCAGGACGUGAUGAAACAUCAAGAACUUCAACAGAUCGCGUUAUGAGCACCAGAUCCCGCAAAACUGCCGUGCAUCAGAAACUGCCUGUUGAGGAAAAUGCGUCCUUCCUUUUCUCCCCUCCUCUCACAAAGCUGACAAAGAAAUGUAAAGCUGGAGAAGCAGACCGUUCUGUGCAGCUUAAGGAUUUGGACCCGGACCUGUCUUCUCAAUUUGUCUUUUCGCCUCCUCUUUUGAGGUCCAGGAGAAAAAAUGUCCAUGAUAGGAAAGGCCAACUGGAGGGGUAG